CAAACUUCAGCGCGCGGUUUGUUUGUUUAUCUGAAGUUAAGUCGAUAAUUAGACAACAAUGGCGUCGUUUAGGACAAAAUAACUCACAGGAACCCAAGAUACGGUCUUACAUGUAUGCGGACAGAACGGCGGUCCGGAGCUGUCAUCAUGUCCCAGAGCAACACGUCGCUCCUGGACGAGGUGGCGCAGUGGAGUCCGGAAACCUGCCGCCAGGAGCUCAAGGCUGUUCUGCCCAAACUCAAUUCCCUGCAGCUCAAAUCUGAGAGCUGGGAUGAUCACAUACGUAUACUGAAGAUAAUCACAGACAUGUUCCUUCCACAUCUUGCUUUGUCAGAGCUGGAGGAUGAGUGCUUCUCUAAGAUUUUACCUCAGGCUGUGGCAGUGUUCGACAGCAUGAUGAAAGAAAUCUCAGGCCAAGUUGGAGAGCUGUCCAGUCAAAACACUGAACUGUGUGCCUUACUAAGGAAGAUUCUUCAGGCAAUGAUUCAGAUAAUUGACACGCUGUCCACGUGCGUGCGUCAUGUUGGCUCAUUCGAGGAGCCUCCUGACCUGGAAUCUAUCCGCUCCUUACCUACUUGUAUCCUGAAGAUCCUGAGGGAAACCUUUCAGCACUGCAAGGAGAGUGAGGUGGUUUACUGUGGCCGUCUGUCCCUGGUGGCUGACCUGCUGCAGGGACUCUUCAAGGAGGCUUACUCCCUUCAGAAGGGUCUGCUGGAGCUGUUGGACAGGGUCUCUCUCGACAGCACUGCCUCAGAGGAGGAGGUCUCUGACAUUGUUACAGUGAUUCACAACCUUCUGGAUAUCUGCUCUAUUAUCGCCAACCUGGACAUAGCUCUGCAUGCAAACACAUGGAAGUUCCUCAUCAAACAGAGUCUGAAGUACCGGCCACUGGUGGAGGAACAUCUGCAUCAUGGUGACAUCAGCACCACCCUGUGUGACAACUUGUUGACUUCCUGCCAAAACUCUGUGGAGUUGGCUGAACAGAUCAAACAAGCUGGUCUACAGGAGGCAACACAAAGCCCAGAAUACAAGUUGUUCCAGAAAUCUGCAAAGAUGUGCAAAUUCUUUGCCAACACAUUGGUUCAUUACAUAAAGGAAUUCAAAUUUUAUCUCACAAAGUAUUGCAGCUACUUUCACCAACUCUACCUCCAGAUCAUUAGUAAGUUCCCUCCCAGCCUGUGUGCUCCAUCGCUGCCCAAGGCUCUGGCUGAGGAGCUGAAUGCAGUCGCUCUGGUUCCCAUGGACGCCCUCCUGCUCCAGCUGCUGCCUUUAAGGCCGUUCACUGAAGUUGUCCUCCACCAAGACCUGAGGUUAAGUCCCGAACAUGAGCUUCCUCACUGUCUCUUGCUGGUGAAUGUCUUGGGUCAGCUGGCCUCCCAGCCAGAGGAGGUGCUGCAGCUUUGGUACACUGGCAGUCAGUUCUCAGAAGAGACACCCAGGCUUCCUCUCUUCAAGGCCUUGUUCACUAGUUUCCGUCGUUGCUACACUGAGCGUAAAGCCCCUGUGCUCUUGCCAGGGGUGAUGAUGAGAGGUCAGGCCCAGGUCCAGGUCAGCCUGCACCACCACGUCUGCGUGCACCUCUGUGCCAGCGUGUCUGCGCUGCCUCCGGUCUACUUCCCUAAACUGGAGCAUUGUUUGGUUGAUGCGGUCCUGCAGGCUGAUACACAGACAGCUUUACUGGCAACUGAUGUGUGGUGCUUCACUGCACGGUAUGGGACCGCAGAACUUUGUCUACAUCAUGUCCUCCUCAUUGCUCAGCUGGUAAAAACAUGUACUGCUGAGUGUUACCAGGCGUUCCACCUUGGCCUGCUGCUUAAACGCAUGGUUUUCCUUAUGACGCCACACCACCAGAUGGAGCUGGUGACACGUUUCCCCCCCUCUGAGGAGGUAAACCUACCGGUGUGGCGUCAUGUCCUCCCCAGAGCUCUUUCACAAGAUGUCCGUCACCAUGUAGAGACGGGCAUCGUUAGCGUGGCUCAGAAGGCUUUGACGGACUGGCAGAAUGGAGGAUACAAACUGGGACAAGUGAACCAACUGAACGUGGUGCUGUUAUCCCUCCUCGCUUUGGUUCAAGGGCAGUCAUCUCCUGAGGAACAGUGGGUGUUGUCUGUGAUGAGGAUAGUCACACAGCUCUGGUUAUGCAUGAGUUCAGAUCAGGUGCAGACCCACCCUGUGCUCCAGUGUACCCUGCAGCUGCUCCUGUCCAUAUCGGCCAAAUUAGUGAAAAACAUAGAACCUCAAGUCGUUUACAAGGCCGUGUUGUGUGUGGAUGCUCUGGCGUCUCAGAAGUGUGCAGAUCAGCUGCGGCUGGCUGUUCUGGAGUUCCUCGGCUCUCUGGGGAAGAUCUUUGUUUCUCCUGACAUUCAGAGUCAAAUUCUGCCGAGGCUGAGCAGCCUGUUCGGCGUCGUGCUGGCUGACACGUGCUGGCUGCUGCAUCAGCAUGCACUGGAGGCCUUUUCUCAAUUUGCAGAGGUCACAAACCAUGAGGAGGUAAUUUCUCAGAGUCUGAGUGUAGAAGAAACAAAGACCAAGGUGGUGAAUUAUCUGAGCAAGACUGUGAAUGCACAGGAAGAUGCUGAGUCCCGGAUACAGAGGCUCAAGGUGGAGACGUCACAGAUUGAGCAACACAAUGAGAAGCUGGAGAUCAACAGAGAAAAUGUUUGUCACAAACAGGCUGAAGAACCAGUGGCAGAAUCAGAGCCGUGUCCAAAGAGAGCUCGGCAGGAGACGAGUGUGGAGGAGUACAGCCGCUACAUCCAGACAGCAGAGAGUGCUUUAAAAGCCCUGCAGGCUCUCAUCGAGGACAAAGCCGAUGCUACGGCGCCCCCACAGUGGCUGGAAACAAAACUGCUGGAGCUACAAACCCUCAUAACCGACAUCUGUACAGCCGGGCACAAAACAGAAUGACAUUCCCAGAUUAUUUAUGAUCUGUUUCAUCAGUCUGUGUUUGUAUUACUGCUACUGCAAAUAAUUUCUAUUACAUUUUUACAACUUUCAGUCUUGUUUUAUAUGAUGUUUAUUAAACUUGUCUUAAUACAAA